GCAUCGGUAGCAUAGGAAGAGCAAACCGAAGAAACUCUUUACAAACUCUCCCCAAACGAAAUCCCCAUUCUCGUGCACGGACGGUUUAUGGCAUUGGCAUUGAGUUCGUGCCGUGAAAAUCUGCUGCUGCACCUUCUGCACAAGAUUCUGCGGCGCAGCAGGUACACAUCUUUCGCCCGGUAAAAUUGGCUCUUUCGCAGUGAAAACGCAAUCGGCGAGUAACGUCAAACGGCUGGGAGAGGGCACACACGAAGAACGAAACGGCAAGAAAUCCGGUUGCCAAAGAAAACCUCACGGUGGUGUGUAUCGUAUCGAUGGCAUCAAGCUCGGCUCGGUUGGUUCCUUCCUUCGUUUGGUGUGCGCCCCAUGGUACACCGUGGGCUCGCGUACGCCGUCAGUAGUGUGCCGAGAACUCGUGCAGUGCGGAGUGCUGUAGAAUCUUGCCUCGGAAACACGGCUACUUGCGGACGGCUUGGGCGAACAUUUGGAGCAAGUUGUUGGGCCAUGUGUGUUUCCAGUUAGCCGCUGUGUGUGCUGUUGCCGAGAUGUGCCACCAUUUCUGCUGACUUUAUCACACUAGAUUCCUAUUCAAGUGCCUUUGCGUGUGUGUGCGCUUCGUUGAAGGUUCCUGUAAGGGGUGUUCUAUCCUCUGCUAAAACGCAUAAAGAGGAUGUCCCCGAUCGAUCCCAUUUUCCGAUAGCCUGGUCUCCCCUUUUCAGUCCAACCCCGGUCCAACAGUCGUAACGGUGGUGGUGGUGCUGGUGGCAGGCGGUCGUCCAGUGUGUGUGAGUGCUGAUCGAAAGCGAAAGUGUCAAAUCCGUCGAGAGAUACGCAGGAGAUUCGGCAAAGGCUAAGCGAGAGCUAGAGAGCGAAACAGCAAAGCGAAUUCGGAACCAGGCGAGCGAAAACGAGAAAGAGACACGGGUGAGCUUAAACAGUUUCCAUCAAAAGCCUCCGUAGGUUUUUGAAGGCUUCAACGAAUCCGUCACCGUGCCUAACCGUGCCAUUAGAAGAAGUAGCAGCAGGGUCGGAACACACCGUGCCCACAGGGACAUUAUCGUUCGCUUACGGUUCUUGAGUAACCGGAAAAACGCGAACCGUGUUGGGGGGCCCAGUUUUCCUAUUUUCCAAACCUGACCGUGCGUGGGCCAUUCGGUGGUGUGGAUUUCCCUGCGCUGCUGUGUGUAUGUCCGGUGUGUCAGCUGUGAGUUUGCUCCUAAUGUGUGCAGUUCCUUACUAAGUGGACGUUCUAGACCACCCGAAGGUGUGUGUGAGUGGAUAUCUAUCUACUUAGGGCUUAGUUGUGGUAAGGAUUUGAAAGGAUCGACUACUAUUUAGCGAGCUAGGUAGAAUCCUCGCUACUAGACACUGCUAGAGCUGGGCUAAAGGACAAAGCAAAACGAGAGUAUAGAUAGAGAACAUCAGAACCCUCUGUGCAUCAGUGUUCGUGUGUCCUUUACGUGUGUGUGUGUGUGUGUGUGUGUGUGUGGUGGAAAAUCAAGAGCGUGUGAACUGAGUGAGUGAAGGGAGAACAAACUCUAGUAUUCUUUGUUGUUUGCCGAAGGUGACUUUGGAAGUGUCAAGUGUGCUCGCCACCGUUUGUGCGCCUGUGUUUGUGUGUGUGUAUAUAUAGGGUCGCUGUAGCACAUACCGGUGUUUUUUUCACUUUCCUGUUCCGUUCACCCCGUGCCAGAGUGCAGGCCAGCAAGUCGGUUGCAAAAUGCCAGGCUUGUUUCCGUCGAGCAUUGACGGUCACGACUCGGGCACCGAGUCCGACGGUGACCUGGAGCAGGAAGACGACCUGAUACAGGAGCACGAGAUGGAGCUAAGUUUAAGUUCCCGGCAGGACACCGUUUCACCGACCGAUACGGCUUGCUCGUCCGAGUCGCCCGCUUUCCUCGGACCGUCCUCCUCGCACCUGCUGCUGUACGAUCAGAACAGCUCCGAGGAGGAGCUGGAGGUGAUCAAUGGCGGUGCGGGCGAUGUGGGCAGCUGUGCCAUCGAGGUGGGGAGCGUCAGUGGUGUGCCCAGCCGGAUGAGUGGAGGUAUCACCGGUAUGCUACCCAUCAUGAAUCCUCACGCAGAUGAUGACGAUGAGGACGAGGAGGAAGAGGAAGAGGAGGAAGAGGAGGAAGACGAUGCCACCGAAGAUAUCGUGGAGGAUGACGUGGACGAGGAUCGAGACUAUGCGUCACCAGCCACGGCCACAACACCGACCGCGAUGGGAUCAACGGCAGCGACAAUCAUCGAAAGUGUGACGGGUGGAGGGGCAGGCGCUAUGGACACAAGCAGCAGCACCCCGAGCAGCAACAGUGGCAGCAGUAUUGUGCGUGGCGGCCAGUUCAUGGCAAUCGGUGGUGCGUGCGACGACAGUGGUGCGGAGCCGCUGGACGACUUCGCGGAGGAGUUGUCAAGCCUGACGGCCGUCCCGAGCGUGCCGCUGACACCGUCGUCGGCCACCAAACUGAUCUCAACGGGGGCCGGCAAACGGUUGGGCAGUGUGAGCAGUUUGCUGGAGAAACGUAAACGAUCCCUAGCGCACAAUUCGGAUGAUGAGGUCCGCUACCUGCUCGAGCAGCAACAGCCAACCCAGCAGCAGCAGCAGCAGCAGAAGCAGCAGCAACAAACCCUUCAUUCACUCUCGCAUCAAUAUCAUCAUCACCAUCAUCAUUCGUUGCGUCAACCGCACCACCAUCACCACCAUCCAGAGCAGCAGCUACAUCAUCAUCACCAGGACGAGCUGCAGCCGGAGGAGACGCCCCUGUCGGCACCGGUCAAUUUUCGUACGUCACCACCUCUAGAAGCUUUAAAACCACACCGUGGCCAUAUAAUGCAACGCUCGACGACGCCACUGGUGUUGAGCGAGGGAAGCGGUGCUGCUCCCACCAACGGGCUACUACCGUCGGCCGGUUCCUCACUACUGUCGUCGGCGGCUUCGUCUCUCUCGUCGCUGAGCGGCACCGGUAUUAGCGGAUUCUAUGGUCCCGGUAGCAGCAGUAGCAACAACAACAACAGUAAUGGCGUUAAUGGUGGUAGUGGUGGUGGUGGUGGUGGUGGUGCCGGUGGCCUUCGUUUCGGUCUCGUCCGACGCACCAUUGGCUGUGAUAGUCCUUUGACUGCUGUGUGCCAUCGCAACAGCACCAAUCCGCCACCACACGGCGGUGGCGCCAGCAGCCUUGGAUCCGGUCUUAGUACAACAACUCGAACAUCAUCAUCAUCCACGCCAUCGUCACUGUCGUCGGCGCCGGCCUCGCUGGUACGGCUCGUGGCGGGCACUGGUAGCAGCCCAGAACCGUGCGGCGUCGGCCCAACCCUAGUAACUAAUAUGGACAUCAGCCGGUCCGUUAGUCCUCCGGCGAAGAUGUUCCACUGUGCCGUUUCACCGCGGCGGCGCCAGUCCCGCCAUCAGCAGCAACGACUGCAGCGUCCACAUAGGCCAUGCUUAGAUUUCGAUAAAAUGCAACAGCUUAAGGCCCGUUCCGUGACCACCUGGCGGCACAGCAACGAGCACUCGGGCGAACUGUCCGUCUUCUGCUGGUGAUGAUGAAUGAAGGGCUGCCUCCACCGGACGUGGCCAUCAGCCGUCGUCAUCGCCGUCGUCAACGCCAUGGCGGAGCGCUGCUUUCCCACUAGCAGGAGGAGUCGCUGCGGAAGACGAGCACGAAGAAGCAAGGGACGCGGUGCCUCUGGUGAUGAUGAGAUGUUUUUACAUGAAUCUCACCACCAACCAGGAGCACACCAACUUUACUGUGGACGGGCACGAUAUUUCUCCGAUUGCUGCAACGAGCUGCCUCGUUCAGCGAUGGCUGUGGUGCAAUUAGUUUCCGAAAGGAGUUAGAUACGCGGAGUGACGCGCGGGGAUGGUUUGCAGUGUCCCCGUUUUUUUUUCAAGGGAGAUACGUAUUCCUCCGACUAGAGAUUCUCGCAGCAGGAAGCGUUGGAGAAGCGAAUCGAGUUUAGCUGGACUUUUAUGUGUUAGUGGUGUUGUGAGCCUGCCGGGUGUGGAGGACCAGCAGCUGCAAGGGACAAAUAGUACAAGCUUUUUAUUUGUUUGAUUUUUUAACGGAGGACCGACGCGUGUUGUACGCGUUUGCGGGAUGGGCCACCAGCCACACAAAAUCUGGUUGCGGCUCAACCUUUACAUUAGUUUAGUAUGGGCGCUCACAGGCCCAAUGUGUUUUUGCCGAUAAAUCGUCUCUUUAAGCAGCGGCGGCAGCAGCAGCAGCAGCAUGCUCGUCGGAAGGCGACACGUUCUGACUCUAAGCGUUAAUCAAUGAAUGUGUUUGUGUGUUUUGUUUUGUUUUUUAAAAACUCCUACUCUUAAUGACAUUUUUCAAAGCAAUUUUGUGAUUUUAAUCGUUAGCAAUGUGUAUUAAGUUUGAUUGUUUAUAUUUUCCACCUCUCACUCAAAAACAAACAAGCCACAAAUCUAGAGCCUGAAGCCACAGCACACACUCUUUCUGGAAGGGCAGGAAGGGCAUCUGCUCGCGAUGUGCACUAGGAACUUAGGGACUAGCGUAACACCUGUGUUUAGGACCCUGUGGGUCGUAACGUUUCGAUUGAUUCCUACCAGAUAUAGGUGAAUCCGAUCUUUACGCGGCUAGUUCUUCUCAGGGACAUAACAAUACUGCACCGCACACUAAAAGCACUAAUACAACAACAGAUGGCAGUAUAUGAGCGGCGUGGAGGGAAGCGAACUUGUUUUUGGGUUGUAAAGAAUGCAGUUAGCUAGCAGAGCAGCAGCUACCAAAGAGAUCCCAAGAAACCUGAGGGAUGGAAAAGAAACCGAGAGAGAGAGAGAGAGAGAGAGAGCGAGAGAUAAGAAGAGCACCUGCUUUAAAGCAACAACAUAUAGUGCAACUAGGACAAUAGGGGCAAGUAAUCAUCAUCUGGGCGUGCCUCGGUCGGAGGAGGAGGCCACGCAUUGCAUAUCCAGUUGAGCGUUUUAUCCGUUUUUAAACUUAUCCUUAACGAAGCAAAGGAAGAGAAACAACUGCAGCGGUGCGUUUUGGGGACGGAGUGCGCUAUCGAAUAUAGUGGUCGAGUCAAAAAGUCACACUGGAAACACACAGCGACAACAUACCUACAUAAGCAUACCUGCCAUGUCCAGUUUGCGAGAAACGAUAGCGAGAACAGCAAACACAACUUUAACAAGAUUCUAAUGUUCAUCGUACUCUACUCAGUAGAAAGAAUAAAACAUCAAUCAAUAGUAAGUAACAACACGAAACACAAGCAGCCAUGACCGACGAGCGGGAACGAGCGGGACGGGCUUGGACGGAUCGGCACUUUUAGGAAAACAAAACUUACAAAUCAAAUUGUGUUCGCCGAUUCGUGCCAAAAAAAAAAAAAGGGAAAAGGAUUGAACUGUGAGGGAAACAGGAAAUGCUAGUAAGGAAACAAAACACAAAACCAACACUACUCUCGCCAUCUCGCCUUCCCGGGGGGAUGCAUUAAUAGCUCAUCAAAUUCAGCGCCA